CUCAGGCAAGGGUUACAUUUGCCAACCCUGGGCACUGACUACAGUCCAAUUCCCUCAGGUUGCCCGAAAAGGGAUUUUGAAGCCUUGAAUUUCUCGGCGUAUGAUUGAAUGUUUGAUUUGUCGCCAAUUUGGUUACAGUCAUGGUGUAUAGAGCAACUAUUUUGCGAAGGUUGGCCAUCACACAGAUGGUGUUUGGGGCUGUGAUGUUCGUAUUUGGAAUAACAAGUAUUUUCGUUGCUGAACACUGGACUUCAUACAUUGCUUUUGGCGUCUGGGUUGGCGUUUGGGUAAGUUUCGACCAGCUUGUUCGAAUAAUAGGGACCUUAAGCAAACCGAUACGGCAACGACAAUGAGGACGUGGCAGAACAAAAGAUCUAAUGGGCAGAACAAUAGCCAGCACAUGCCUUUUAAAACUAUGCUCAUUUCAUAGCCGUGCUCCGCAAAAUGACAACGUGGAAUCACAAAAAUUUGCGUCGUCUGCAAGCGGAAACCGCGACGGCAAAUUAAUUUAUUUCCAUUUGGAACUCAAAGCUGCUUAAAUACGUUAUGCUGAAGUUGAGUUGUGGCACUGCAAGAGACGGUUAACUCAUGCGACCAUUUUCGAACUGAAAUUCAUUUUUUAAACGACGUCCUUCUUGGCGUUUCUGUGUCCUGACGCGCGACGUGGCUUUCAUGAUAGGGUAUGUAUAUUUUUUUUUUGGCAAAAGAUCAAGAUAAUAGGUAUUUUGUUGCACGCUCUUUCGACUGGAGUUAUAUAUGUGACCGUUUUGUAGCAGGUUCAAUAUGAACUUACGGUUUCACAAGCGCUUGAUGAUUUAAGAUGGCACUACUUUCCAUAAAAUCUAAUAUCGCAGCCCUAUAAAUUAAUAUGCAAACAGUUCUAGGAUAAAGAAAAUAAUGGCGGGAAGUAUAGAUUGUAUUUUGAACUGGGGAUUUGUUUUCCAAUUGAAUGAGGCGGUGCAGAAGUCUUACCAAUCUAUUAUUAAUGAGAAGCAAAUUGGUUUUAGUGCAGAAAUGACCAAAUAGAAGGCGUUUAAAAUAAAUCAAUGAAAGGAUAGGUGUGUGCACUCUGAUUGCGUUGCAUUGUGGUUGCGUUAUUUUCAAUAUUGCCGUGCAAACGAAAUUGACUGAACAUUCCGUAAAAGUUAGGCUGUUCCUUUUCCCUUCGCCAUAGGUGAAUGAAAUUUGACUUAUUUUGAAUGUGUUGAAGUAUUUUCCAAUCGCAUUUGUCGCAUAUUUAGUCGCUCCAUUUAGUCGGACAAACGGAAUCACUAUGUUUAAGUAUGGAGGGGGGCAAUGGGAUUUUCGGUUUUGUGGUUUUGGCUAUAUUUUAGAUCGGUUUUCCAUUUUUGUGCCAAAAGACUUGGGCUUUUCGGUUUUGGUGUUCAUUACGGUUUGCAGAUUUUCCGUUUUUUAGCAUUCGGUUUUCGGUUUUCGGUUUUCGCGAAAAAUACUAACGGGUUUUAGGAUUUGAUAUCAGAUGCGGUUUUCGGUUUUUCCAAUUAGACCUAUUUGAGUUCCGGUUUCUCUUCGAUCUGAGCGGCAAUUACGCUACAAUUACAAUUGAAAUAUCGCAGGGAUCCCUAGGUAGCCUACACGUAGCCGUGCUCUUCCCCUCCCCUAAGGUGGGGGGGAGGGGAGGGUGCGGCUACAGGUAGGGUACGGCUAAGCACGGAUCAUCGCCAGAGUUUCUUUAUCAACGCCACCUCGAAGUUGAUGACAAAGUUACAGGCCACACGUGACUGAUUGAUUAAACAUUCCAAUAGAAUCUCCAAACUUUCAGGUCUUAGUUCGCAAAUAGAAAUGUUAGAUUAAGGAUAUUCGAUGAAACUUUCCAGAGCUAUAGCUUUUUGCGACUGCAAAAUUGUAAUUCCAUCGAGGACUUUUGUGCGAAUUUCCUUAAUUUAAUUAGGCUCCACUACCAGUUGCUGAGUCCGCAGAGACCACGCUCGAGGUCCUCGAGAGUGCAGCUGCUAAUUUAAGCAGAUACUAGAAGAUACGAGUGCCAGGUCCAUGGUAUUCAUAAAUCCUGUCAUGAAAUUAGUAUAGUUUACUCUGUAUGCUCCACUUGUCACCAAUGUAUCGGAUCGAUUAGGGUUUUAAUAACUGGGAUGUGAAAAUGUAUCGAUUUUGACAGUUUUGCAUGCGGUUUUCGGUUUUGAUCAAAUUUUCUUUUUCGGUUUUUCGGUUUUGGAUGAUUUUAUCUACGGUUUUGCGGUUUCUAAUGGGCCUUAAUGCCCCCUCAGUAUGUAAUUUCAGACCAAUUUUCGAGAAGGUCAAAUUUGAUGUACGUCGUUGUCUGAAGUCUUUAUUUAUCCAAAGAUUUGGAUGGUCGCUUUGAUCAAAAGCUCUGAUCAAACGCUCUCCCACGGUACUCUUGUUUUAUGUAUUUUAAGUGCCUGUGUUUGAGAUCGGUUACAGCAGCGAAAGGCCUAUUACUGUGUAUAGCUAGAGUGUCUUGCGUGACAUAGCAUAAUGUUAUUGUAACGAAAUUUCGUAUCCACUAUACUCAGUCGUGUUGUAAAUCUACUUUCUGUAGUAAAAGAAAGUGGAUCAAUAUUUGUUUCUGGGCAACCGAGCUCGAUAUCGAUUUGUCGUACUCGAUUACCAUUCCUGCUCGAUAAGCAAACGACGUUGGACCACAUUUAGUAUCUGGGCAACCGAGCUCGAUUCAUGUUCACACGUCGUUUGCUUAUCGAGCAGGAAUGGUAAUCGAGUACGACAAAUCGAUAUCGAGCUCGGUUGCCCAGAAACAAAUAUUGAUCCAAGAAAAUUAACUAACCGCGAUUAUUUUAUGGUAAAUCUACUAUUUUGAUUGUUGAAUGAAGAACUGUUGAGUUAAAUCAGAGCAAUAAAAGGAGUCACUUAACCAAUGAUUAGGGCUUAAUGAUUUCCGGCUCAGCCGGAAAGCGAAAAAAGGCAGUUGACCGUUAAAAAGUGUUGACGGGCCUUUGCGACUCCUGUCGUUUGCUAGCCCUUUUAAAUCUUCUGCCUUCAAAGUUAAGCUCUCACUAGGAUAUCUAGUAACUCCCGAGAUAUGUGUCUCAAAACUGUCAUCUGGGUAUCCUCUAUUCUUUAAGCAUAAUUUAAAAUUCUAUACGUUUUCAUUAAACAAGAGCGUGAAACAUUUGUCCUUAGCAGGCGUAUCACUGCUUCCUUUUACGAAUCCUGUAUGGAUGCCAUGUAGAUGGAGUUUGUGUAUUAGAAGGUCUCUGUCUCUUUGUAGUGCAUUUAUGUGUCAAGAGUCAAUUCCCUGUUAAAUUAAACCUGCGUCUAGGAAUCUAAUUUCUGAAUUUGAUAUUAUUCACAUAGCCAUCGGCUAUGACUGUAACUGCAUUCUGCCAUUUCUGUAGAUUCUUUACUUAGGCAAGACUGCAAUUUAGAUUUUUCCCGAAUCUCGUCAGUAAUGUGCCUCCCAAGAACAAAUUACUCACAGAGGAAUGACAAGAGUUUUGCAGGCCUGUUAACACUUUUUAACUUUCGAAGGAAUUGUAACAGACAGUGAAUCCCCUUUACAAUUCAGGUAUAAUCACGCUAUUUUAGUUAUCAUCAAAGAUGUUCACUCCACGGCAACAGGUUGCAAAUGAGAAAGAGUACAUCGCCUGGGAUGGGUGGAUCCGGUUUAAACGAAUCAAUCUGAUACCAAGUACAGUACCAACACUUUUGUUUGAUUUUGAUAUCAAUACUGUGACCUCACUGAGUUAAAUGGAAAGUCACAUGAUUAGAUUAAUCAAGUAUAGAAUUUUAUUACAUUGUUGACAGCUUCUGACUGGGCAAUAUGUAGCGAAUCCUGUGUUCUACUUGGCUACCCAAGCAGGCAAAACGGGCUCAUCUUGCUUGCUGGGAGUGCCUACUUAGAUCUAGAGCUAGAAAAAGAUUGCGUGGAGCGUACUUACAAAGUUCAUAAUUUUUGGACAACUUUGGCAGAGAAAAGCGGUAGACGACUGUCAAAAUAAAGAAAUUAGAACAAGUCUUGUCGGUUUACUGCGCUAAAAAAAAAAAAAUAUAUAUAUAUAUAUAUAUUUAUGAUGACCGCGUAAGCGCGAAACUCAAAGUCACAGAAAAGUUAUGUCUUAUCGAUUUGUCCAACUUUCAGUUACUCCACGCUCUGCGAACGCAUCGAUCGAGCUCUAUACCGCAAGGAUAGACUAUAAUCAAGGUUUAUUUAUAUUUAUAUAUGAUACACAAUGUGCAAAAAGGAACUUAGCCAAUAUCUAGCCGUGUUGACCACACACAUUUGGUCGAUAACACACAUAUCUUGCACUAUGAAUAUUACUUGUUGUCCAAUAUUCUACGGUAGCAUCAAAAAUUGCGAGACAGUGAAACAAAUCAAACAUUCUUUUAUCAGUAUUUAAAAAAAAAACAUUGCCCUGCGCAACAAUAACAGCAACACAACAUCGGAUAAUUGUCAUCUCCUUCCAAAUUUUGAUAUAAAACGACGUCGAAAUUAUCGCUAGCUAAGAAGACCACACUAGAGCAUAGAAAGCAGCAGGAAACGAAAACUCUCCUCAUCGAUCAAAACUUCCUCAUGAAGAAUCAUUCGCCUCAAGGUCACUGUCAAUAAAAAUCCCAUUGGGAUAGUCUGUCUUGUGAUAGGCUAAUAGGGAUGUACCAUUGGAUGGGGUCCCAUUUUUAUGGGUUACUGCCUUGCGAUAGGCUAAUGGGGAUGUGCCACUGGAUGGGGUCACAUUUUUAUAGGAUGCUGCCUUGUGAGAAGCUAAUGGAGAUGUGCCACUGGGUGGGGUCACAUUUUUAUGGGGCACUGCCUUGUGAUAAGCUAAUGGAGAUGUGCCACUUGAUGGAGUCCCAUUUUUAUGGGGCACUGCCUUGUGACAGGCUGAUAGAGAUGUGCCACUGGAUAGUGUUCAGUUUCUAUGGGGUACUGCCUUGUGAUAGACUAAUGGGGAUGUGCCACUGGAUGGGGUCAUAUUUUUAUAGGAUACUGCCUUGUAAUAGGCUGAUAGAGAUGUGCCACUGGAUGGGGGUCAGUUUCUAUGGGGUACUGCCUUGUGAUAGACUAAUAGGGAUGUGCCACUGGACGGGGUCACACUGUUAUAGGAUACUGCAUUGUAAUAGGCUAAUAGAGAUGUGCCACCGGAUGGGGGUUAAUUUCUAUGGCGCACUGCCUUGUGAUAGACUAAUGGGGAUGUGUCACUCGAUGGGGUCACAUUUUUAUGACUAGAUUUAUUGCAAUGAGGUUACAUUUCCCAAUUAGUUAUUGAAUGGGGUCGAUCCCACUUUUUUCGGAUCUCGGAGGUAGAGAAAUUUUGGUCGAUCUUUGGCAUCAUCCCAUGGCUCUCUAAGGAUUACCUAAUUAAAAGGUUUAUAAACAUGAUCAAAAGUGACAAAUAUGGGGUCUCCACCACAUCAGUUGGUGGAGCUUUCUGAGCUUGUUUGAAUAGAUGUGAAUCGUAUAUUUAAGGCCGGCAAAAUAUGAAAAAUUUUAUCAUUUAGACUUAAAGAAUAUUUAAUAUGUUCUUAUUUUAUAGUAAGAAAGGAAUUAUUUGAGAGAUCUUUCUGGUUGUUUGUAUUGUAGGUUUUUAUCACAGGAAUUUUGGGAUACAUCGGAGCAAGAGAUGAUUCAAGGCCAAACAAGUGUUUGGUGAGUAACUGGACUUUUAAAGGAAUUUUUUUUAUUGUUAUUUCUGUAUCUUUUUCUUCAAUACACACCAGCUUAUCAUAUAAAAGCACCCCGAUUAUUUGAUUAUUGAACCAAAAGUUUAAUUGAAUGGCUUAAAAGAACAUCAAUACAGUAGGCAAGAGGGAAGGUACAUCCUCGAACUGUUAACCUCUGCUAAAAGUUAUCCAACAACGAUUUACAUGGUCUAAAAUGCUGAUGUAGAUCAGUUUGUUUCAAGUAGCUACAGUGUGCCCACCACUUGUUCCAUCAUUCUUUGAAACUGCAUUAGUUUUAGAAUUAUGUCAACCUUGUUUUGCCUUUUCAGCCAUGUUAUACACUUACUCAAACAUUCAACAGUUUUUAAAACUGCAUCAUGUGCUAAUGUACUUGUGUGCUUUGUCUGAUGGAAAAAAUGGUAUGGAUCUUGAAAGUUAUUUUGAUAUUUAUAUUCUUGUUAAAUGAAACCAGAGAUUAGCAAAUCUGGAUAAUAAUGAUAGUAAUACUAUUACUACAACUUAUAAUGAUAAUUAUAAUAAUAGCUGUUACAGUUAAAAGAUACCAAUAAUCAGAUUAUCUAGGGCUGCCCUUAGUAUGGUGGAGAAGUGGGAUGAACUCCCCUUCCCCUGCCCCCAUUUACAGCAUUUAUCUUCGAUGUUUCUAAGACAUCUUCAAAGACUAACAGUAAUUUGAUGAAUUUGUCAAACAUGAAGGUAGAAAGAAAGAAAAGAAAAAAAAGCAACAACAGAAACGACUAAAUUAGCAAACUAAUAAUAUACGUUUUCUCUAGGUUUGCAAAAUUCACAAGAUAAAUAUCCAGAAUAUUUCUGAAUUAAACUUCCCAGCCCAUAAUAACUCUCGUGCAAGCCUAUUAAAUAAACAUAAAAUUAAGGUAACUGUUUAAGGAAUAAGUUAUCAGAUUGAAAUUAAUUUAAAUGAAAUUAUUUGAGGGGGGAACGACUGGACAAAUUUUUAGGCUAAGAUUUUGAAAAAGAGUACGUGGUUUUUCCUGUUUAACAAGAUAUGUUAUUCUUUUUUAAGCUAACAGGCAAUUUUGAGUAAAAAAUGGCAGGCAUUUUGGCUCUCUAUAAGAUUUUAAUAAUUAACCCAACCUCUAUAACAAGUCCCUAUCUGAAGGCCCUAGAGUUGAGCACCCCUCACCUCUCCCCUUAGGUUUUUUCAAGGAAUUGAUAGUUCUUACAGAUUGAAUUAAAUGGGGGAACAAGUAUGGUUCAGUGGUGAGAGUGCUCGCCCUCAUACUGCUAUGGGUGGGGUUUGAUUCCUGGACCUGCUGUCACAUGUGGGUGGAGUUUGUUAUUGGUUCUCGUUGUUGUUCCGAGGGUUUUUUUUCCCUGAGUCUCCCGAUUUCCCUCCCUCCACAAAACCACAACCUGGAGAUAGUGGACAGGAAGAGCCACCUCGCGGAAUGUCCGCUGCAUAAUUAUUAUUAUUUUUAUUAUAAUUAUUGUUAAUAAAAAAAGAUUGGUGCGAGAUUCAACACAUUUCGUUCAUGUACAUUUAUUAGGAGAUGGUCGACUUUGAAUUCUAAUUGAAUUGUGUGAUGUGUUUUUAUCAACAGAUUGGAUGUUUUAUGGGUUUCUCCAUUACAGGUUGUGUCUUCUCAGGAGCAAUGUUCAUCUGUUACUGCAUUACUCUUGCAAGUUACUCCGAAAUGAAGAAUUUUUGUAGCCGUUAUUAUAGAGGCGACUACAAGUAUUACUCUUAUUAUGAUUGCUAUCGGAGGUAUGAUUUUCGUAGAUCUACAGCAAAAAAUGUGGCAGGUUUAGGUUCUUGUCUCCUCAUUUUCUCCUUGGUUGAGUUGUUCUUGGCCCUUGCGUCAUCCAUCUAUUGUUGCAGGGCAGUGUGUUGUAAAUCACCAGCAGCUGGGAACACAGUAAGUAAUUACCACCAACAGUUCAGUUGCUAACGUUAAAAGUUUUCUUAAUAUUAUUUGUUGUUAAUACUUUUUUUUUAUAUAUAUUGCAUCAAAUAUUUUUGCAUACUUACGGUUGGUUUUUUGUGGGGCUAAAACUGAGAACUAUUCAGUUCAAUGUUAUAAUCCAUCAAUUUUUUUUUGCCUACACGCAAUUGUUAUAAAUACAUCAUGUGAUCAAAUGUGCCCUGGCUAAAACUGGGGAAUAUCCUAGAAUAUAUAACCCAACUGAUACUCCUCAAUUUACAAAUCCUUAUGGUCAAUACGAUAAAAGCUAUCGUGUAGAAUUCAAUUCACGUUGAAAGUGCAUUUUUGUUACAGUGAGGAUGAUAUAUGCUCGAAGAUAUACCCUCAUAUUUGUCCUUGGGCAUUAUCUCUUCCUUGAAGCUCAUCGCGACCCUCUCAGAGGACUCUUGGCAUCGAGGAACAGAUAUGUAAUGUCCCUGGACAAAUAUUCGGGUAUAUGUUAGUGUCCGAUGCCAGCUAUUGUUAAUUUAUUGCAAUUCUUAAAUUUUGUGUUCAGUUGCCCAGUCUAGCGUUAUAGAAAAUUAGUUCUUAGAAAAUUGUUUGCAUCAUGGAACAAACAUUAUGUUUACCGGACAAAUAUCUCUUUAGUGAACACAAUGCCACGUAUAUAGUGGUAAUAAUGAUCAUGAUGAACAAUUUGUAUAGGUAAUAACAUGAUUUUGAAUACAAUUUGGUGUUAAUAAGCACACGUAGAAUUUUCACAAACAACUUAGUUGGACAAGCCUGUAGGGCAAUUGGUGCAAGUUGUAUUCUUUGAAAAAUUGCAAGAAAAAUAAUGUUAUCACUUGUUCAUAAUGUACAUGAGAGAAACAUCAAAGAGACUGGAGACAGACAUAUAUUUACUGGCAGCACAAAUGCCCUAAUUGUUAUUUGCACUUGUGUUACAACUUUGCACUUGUGUUACACCAGAAUGCACCUGUUUUCGGCCAAUCAGAUACUCGUAAUGUAAAUUAUUAAUACUGGGUUAUUGAAAAUUAAUAAUAAUUAGUGUAUAUUACGGACUAUUGGAAUUUUUAGUUAUGAAUGUUAUUACAGUCAACUCCCCUUUGACAGACACUAUUUUUCCUGUCCACAGUGGCUUUGUUGUAAACCUAUAGCUAAUAAAUGGUUUUGUGCAUUCCAUUGACUUUAUCUGGUGAAAUGACAGCUAGCAUUUUUAAUAAAUUUUAGACUGUAAACAUUUAAUUUAUCUGAUUUUUAACUAUUUUGACUAUUAAGACAUGGACCAACCAGCAAGUGGUGUAUGUACAGCCUCAAUACAUGUACCCUGGGGUACAGCCGGGUGGGGUUUUAAUGCAGACCGAUGCUGGUGGGUACCCAGCAACAGGCCAGCAACCUUUGUAUUUCCUCCAGCAGGUAACUAGAUAUAAAUAAUUAUUAGAUAUAAAUAAUUAUAUACUGAUACAAAUUACAUGAAUCCAAGUUUGAAAAAACAAGGUUUUAGGCAGAGUACUUUAAACUCGGAAUAGUCAAAUGUUUUUUUCUUGUUUAUUUAUUUUUUUUUUAGAAAAAAAAUUAGUCAUUAUUCCAUGCAGUGCAGUGUUUACUAUCGAAAUUCAGUUUGGUGUAAAAUUAUCCAUAAAUACAUUGAUUGUAAGACUGUAUACUUUGGAAAGGUUUAAAAGAGGAAUGAAUGCUGUAAUUUAGACGCAUAACACAUAGUUACUUAUUCUCUGUCUUGGUCUGUCUUAGUAUUGUUCUUACUAUCGUGCUUUUUUGGGCAUUUCAGAUAUUAGGAAUUUGAUAUUUGAAAUUCUAAGAGUGACUUGUAUCUAAUUUCUCCCAACAAUAUAACCCCUCAAUCACAGAUUAAGGUAAAAGGAAUAAAGGAAAUGAUCACCAACUAAAGAAGCUCUCGAUUGUUAAACAAAUUCUCCCUGUUAGGUACCUUAGGAAACAUUAUGUAAGGACAAUAUGGACUAUAAGCAUACUCAUGUUAUGGUGAAAAGGGAAAAAAUGCUUGCAUGGUGAUACUAACGCUACUGACAAUUAUACAUUCAGUAUGGUGAAAUUUUUAGCUUGAUACAUAAAUAAAGAAAAAUUUGAGUUUGUUAGAUAUGAAGCUAGUAAUGGCCCAAUUCGCCUAAGUGAGCUCUCUGUAACUUAAUGGCAGAGGACAAAAUCCAAAGGUCUAGUGUCUAUUUAAACAUGGGUAACUCAGAGCUUUUUGCCACAUGUGUAUGAAAAAUUGUAGAAAGUCUUCCCCUAGAUGCUGUCAAUGUUCUAGGUCUAAAAUAUUUCGGCAUUAUUUGACAGCCUGGAGUGGUUGCACAGCCUGGUGCGGUUGCACAACCUGGAGUGGUUGCACAGCCUAACGUGUUUCCACAGCCUGGGGUGGUUGCACAACAAGGGGUGGUUGCACAGCCUGGGCUGGUGGCACAGCGGGGGCUGGUGGCACAGCCGGGGGUGGUGGCUCAGCAGUGGGUGGAUGGACAGCCAGGAGUGGCGGCACAACCGGGGAUGGUGGCUCAGCAGGGGGUGGUUGGACAUUCAGGAGUGGUGGCACAGCCUGGGGUGGUUGCACAACCAGGGGGAGUAGUGGUACAGCCGGGGCUAUUGGCACAACCAGGGGUGGUGGCACAGCCAGGGAUGGCGGCACAGCCGGGGAUGAUGGCACAGCCAGGGGUGGUGGCACAGCCAGGGGUGGUGGCACAGCCUGGGGUGGUUACACCGCCUGGGGUGGUUGCACAGCCUGGGGUGGUCGCACAGUCUGGGGUGGUUGCACAGCCGGGGAUGGUGGCACAGCCAGGGGUGGUGGCACAGCCUGGGGUGGUUACACCGCCUGGGGUGGUUGCACAGCCUGGGGUGGUCGCACAGUCUGGGGUGGUUGCACAGCCCAGGGUGGUGGCACAACCUGGGGUGGUUGCACAGCCUGGGGUGGCAUUUCAGCAACCCACUUACUGGCCUGUUCCCUCAGGAUCCAACGCAGCUGGAGCAGUGACUUUACCCUAUUCAGAUGUUCCCCCCCAAGUACAGAAUCAAGCUCUGCAAGUCCAGGUAAUUAUGCUGGAAUACGUUAGUUUAACCCUUCAGCCCUAAGGACUAACCAACACCUAGUUUCCCUUCACAGUUUCGCUCCUUGAUCAAACAGAAAUGAGAAAAAAUGAAAUGAUGGCCAACUAAAGAGGCUCUUUAUUGUUAAUCAGAUUCUGUGUGUCAGUUCCAUAAGAAAUGAGUGGAGAACACUACGAUGGUUUUUAAAUGAGUGUUGUUGUGAAGUGGCCUGUUUGUUCACUUUAGAAUUACCUUGAUAUUAGCAAACUCUCCAAACAGAAUCUCUGAGAAUCGAUUGUCUUACUUACUAUUUCCGUAGAUUCCUUUAGCAGUAACAGACGAGGAAAUGCCAGCACCAUUUCCAUUUGUGCAGUCAGGCAAUGUACCACCACCAGCUUUCUCAUCUGAGGAUGCCAAUCCAAAUGUUUAGUGUCUGAUAUCAGAACAUGAAUCAGCAGUUAUAUUUGGAGUAUAAUUAGGGCAUGCUUUAGAAGUUUUGAAUUUGUAAGCUCUUGCAGUAGAAUGGGAAAGGAAUGGGAACCAGGGGAGGGGAGAGGUUGGAGAGGAAAAUAGGAUAAGAGAGGAGAGGUGAAACGUGCGAGCUGAAUGAGGGUUGGAAGAGAGGGGGGGGAGUAGAAAUGUUAAAAUGUGAACUAUCAUCCAUAGAAAAAUGGGAGAUACAUGUAAGAGUCAAAGAUAUUGAGGCCCGGUUAGAGAGAGGGAGGAAGAGCCAAAGAUGCUGAGGCCUGUGAAAAGCAAGAGAUUCUUUCCCCCACUCCUCCCCACCCUCCUCCAACUUCUCCCCACCCUCCCCAUUCCCAAUCUCUUUCCUAAUUAAGGUAAAGCUGUGCCUCCAAGAUAUGUAUGUUUAUAUAAUAAGCUGAAUUAAAGCUGCAUUUUGAUUAGCUCAUUUUUAUAAACUUUUGGAAGUGGCCAUUGACAACUUUUUUCUUCUUUAUUAUUCAUAAUAAAUACGGGUAGAGAGAUGACGUCACAAGUGGUAAUAACAUCAAUGACACACUAGGCUGCGCCUCGUUUGCCACUUUUUGGAUCUUACCACAUUAUGACGUCAUCUGCAAUCUCUUACUGAACAGAGAUAUGGCAGCUUGCAAUCUCUUUAUUAAUUUGUAGGGGUAUAUUUCAGCUUUGAUGUUCGUGAAGAUAGAGGUAGUAAUAACGUGCCAGGUUUAAUUUUCAUCAAGAAAUGAUGAUUUAAAUGUAGCACUGUAUUGUUUAAACUGAAGUGCUGAAUGAGGCUUUUGAUCCAUAAUUGCAGUCUGUUUUUUACCAUUUUAACUAUGAUGGUAGUACCUAUAAUAAGCUCAAGUUGUAACUUGAAUGAUUAUUCAUUUGUUCAGUUUUGUAGGGCAGGCUCCACAUCAAUGACGCUGUGACCUUAACACGAAGGUGUAAAAUUAUAUUACAUUAAAAUGUGUCAAACAUGCUAUAUUUUCUUGUAUGUGGGUGCGUAAUUUUAUUUUUGUAUGUUCUACUUUCAUCAACUACCAAACCUGAAGGAGUCAAUUUGUAAAAUGUUGCUUUUAUUAAUUUUUGUCGUUCUUUGGUUACCGAAUCCUUCGUUCGUAAUAAUGUUUGACAGGAAUACUAUGCAAAAAUAGAACCAAAUUAUAUUUUAAGCUUUUACUUUUCAAGAUUAACAAUAAUCUGCACGUUUACGAUACACCACAAACGAACCCAACAGAACGAUCUAACAUUACCCACGGAUUGAAACUGACAAAUCACAACCGAAUUACACCAACUGAGUCUUAAAGCCGCUAACAUCACGGCUGAACUAACCAAUCAGUUCACAUGAACAGUAGGUAACUAAAAAUUUAAAAUUUUGUACCGAUACAAAUUAAAUGAAUCCUAGUUUGAACAAAACAAAGUUCCAGACAAAGUAUCAAAUGUUUUUUUUUCUUAUUUAGUUUGUUUGUCAGAAAACAAAUUAAUUUUUAUUCCGUGCAGUGCAGUUUUACAAUG